AUGGGUGUCAAGGGCUCGAGUUCAUGGCCAUUCUCUAUCUUACCCCAUGGCCCAAGCCGCAGACUUGCCUUUCUGCCUCUGCGGCUGCUAUUCCUAUUGCGACCGGGAAGCAAGAACACGCAAACGCAUGUAUCUUAUCCGUACGGAUACUCCGUUCAGAUACCCAGGGAGAGCACGGCCGUUCUAUUCACGAGCCUGAGGCAUAAUCCAGUACCUAUGGAGGCGGUGCCUGAGGAAGCUGUUUGUGGGCAACUCAACUGUCAUGAAUCCUUGACUUUGACUGCAAUAACAAAACAAGAACCUCUCAAGAGUCAAGGGGUCGAGGCCGAGGCCCUGCUCCUCAUCGUCACACCGCGUUGCCAUGGACCACCUCUCAUCAAUAUCAAACCUCUCGUGCAUUGCAGAGCAUGCAUCGACGAGGCGAGGAGACUAGCUGGUCUGCUGGAACACCUUGCGCCUGCCCGCUCGUCCCUGCUACUGGAUUUCAUCAUCACACCGUCAGGUCUUCGUCGAACAAGGUUCCCAGUAAUAACGGCCACUCUUCCGUCCAAUCCACGCUUCCAAUCCGACCUGGUCUCCUCACCCCUUGCAUUUUGUUACCACCUUUGGCCCGACUCCAGCGAACCCGUUCUCGAUCUCUCCCCUGCAACAGCAUGCUUGCGAUGGAACCCUAUCCACCUGGCUUUACUUUACAGUGUGAACGGAGCACGGCAAACCUUACACCAAGACACGCUGCUUAGGUCCCUAGCUGCCUGCAGUCCACCUUUGGAGCAUUCCAUCCGCCCUUCCAGAUGCACGCCAGAACACCCGGACCGCAUGAGAAACAUGCCCGCUGUCCCAGAGUCCCAGACCUCUCUGAGUUGGUUCGACACGUCAGUUACGCUGUGUUUCGGUCUACCUCUCGGCCAACCAAAGUACACAAGUCAUCAAAGCAACAUUGAACCAGCGCCAAAGUGGACUUCAGGGACCGAUGGGCCUUGCAUCAGAUCUGUUCCGCUGAGCCACCAGAACCCACAGAGCACCAAGACUAGCCAGCUGUCAAUCACCGUUGAAACCAGCAGGUUGACCGAUUCGAGCAUCCCGAGUAAUCGUUCUGUCUCCUCAUUCCAGCGAGCCAUGGCGCAAUCUGGUGUUCCACAGCUAAAACGACUCGGUAAUGACGGUGUCAAACUUCAAAGUACCUCACCUACCUUACGGAUACAUGGUCCCAAAGUCAAAAAGUCUACCAACGCUUGCUACGCUACGCUACGUUCUAUGCCCGAGUGCGCUGCCGUCGUCGACUUGUCAUUCAUCACCUCCAAACUUAGGUUUCCGGUCCAAACAACACCCCCCGUCAACUGGCCCAGCACGCUCAUCUGGGCAAUCAGCUACCUAUCCUCGGGGGCUGCUCGUCCCUGCUUCGCCUUGCCUCGCCUCAAGCUCGUCUCAUUGCUCAGGCUGCUCACCUUCUUGCCUGGCGCCACCUGCCGUCGCUCUUGGUACCAGCCAACCGGAUCGACAGACGGCAGAUCCGCGCUGGCACUGUCUCGAGACUCGACUGUCCGGGAUCGAGACUUUGUCCACUUCCACUUUGUGUUUCUUCAAUGGACACACCCAUCACCCACAACAGGUCGUAUUGUCACUAUUGUCGGGGUCUCGGGAAUCGUUGGAACUGGAGACGCAACAGCCUUACUCGAUAUGCAUGCCUCAAACAACGCGAGAACCAACAGGAACCUCUCUAGCAUAGCUGCAUCGCUACUUUGCAGGAAAGUACCUGCCCCAGGCCGAUACUUCUCCGACGAUUUCAUCCAUGGCCUAACUUACUCUCGUGUCACCCUCUCAUCCCAAUCCAGACGUCUUUGCCAUGUGCUUCCACAAGUCGCCUGGAACCCCUGUCUGGCGACAAUGGAACCUUUUGACAUCACCAAUUCUGGUCUCGAAUCGCACAUAUCCCCACUAGAAAUCUCUCUGAAGCAGAGCGGCCAAGAGGUGAAGCUCAAAAGACCAAGGCAGAGAGUCGUUCGCCCCCCAUGCAAGUGUCAUUCGCCGUCCCAAAGGGGCAAUCCGAAUCGGGUGCCGCGCCCUCGGAGCCGUCAUCCAUACUCGACGAUCACUGUCCGCUCAAGAUACACAUUUUGUGGCUCCAUCCCUCCCGAGUACCACACGGGGACCCAUCCCCGCGUGCUCCAACUUCAAGCUCCUCCGCCUGCCGCCCACCCCCUUGGCGGGUGGAUGCCCGCAUCACCCGAGCGAUCGACAAUCCAUCUAUCGUCUUCAGGCCAAUCACCAAUAUCAAUGAGCGGCCACAGUGAAGCACAAACUGAACGGAGGAAAGACGGAGUGGCACAGGCGAUCAAGGUGCGGCUCCAAAGUCGACGCAGCAGUCUGGGGAAGUACGACUUCUGCCCCUACGGAAAGAUGACGGUCGAGAAUUACCCCUUCGUCUCGCCUUACAGCGUGGCCAAGUUGGGGGUGUUUAGACCAGGCUGUUUGACGCGCAAUGCGGAGCGCCAGUCCGGCAUCAUGUUUUCUUCUCUCGAACGACUCGAUGCUUCCCUGGAGUUAUUGGCCGCGCUCAUUGCCGUAUCGCCGAACCUGCAUGCCCUGAGGCUCGAAAACUACGUCCAUGUUCUGGCUCCCGCCAAGAAGUACGGAUACCAUGCCCUGUUGCAGGCUUCGACUCACAAAAUCAAGAGCACCCCUGGAAUGGGCAUGCCUAGAUCAGUGGCUCUGCCUGGUAGCAACAAUUCCCACCUUUACAACUUUGAUCCGUCGAUUGCCCCAAAGUACGCAGCACACCUGAAUCUUGUGCUCAUUGCUGACCCCGAUACUUGGAAGAAUUACGCUUCAAUCUGCCGGAUCGCCUGGGACAGCACAUCUUUGUGUAACAGGGAUGGCUUACUGGACUCGGCGUCUGCCGCGGACAGCGUUAAAGAUCUCCAAGUCAUCGACACAAGCUCAGUUAUGGUAGAUCGAUUUGGUCAACUGCAGCAUCCCUCUCCCCGUGAGGUGGCGAUCUUGCCGAGCUUAGACUUGUUGUUGACAGCGACUCAUACCGUAUACGCAACAUCAUCAUCUUCUUCCCAAGGCAGACGCAACAUGACGCAAAUCCCGGUGUACACAUGGUUUCUAGACGAAGAGGACACGGUGCGCUCCAUCCUCUGGGGAACGAUUCACGCGGAUGAACCCCUCCAUCCCGUCAAGGCAGCUAGCUGUGAGCGGACCAAGGUGUGUCUGUCUGCCUACCAUCGUUGGACAUUCUCAACUGAGAUAAUGGUAGAUAUGAUAAACAUACCGAACAACGCACGUCUAUUCAGCGAUCACGACACCGUCGAGCGUAUGAGCGCAGCAGCUUUCGAUGCGGCUCAACGUGUCCGACACCACCCUUUGCAGGUUUGCCCGACUACCUACCCAGCCACAUCUGCCUGCCGAGAAGCCAUGCAUGCGAAAAAUGCAGCUUACCAGAUUCGUACAGCUCCAGCUCCAGCAUCUGGCCACUCGCGUACAGUCUCACAGGAACGAGGCAUCGCCGGUGGUGUCAGCGACGCGUGGUGCGACUUUUCAGCAUACAUCCCGCGUACUUUGCAAUACCUCUUUCUCUCCUUCGAGGGGACCAGCCACAGCGCCGUUGGUACGCCCUCUGCUUCCCCCGCGCCGAUGGCCUAUGCUCCGUAUGCUCCAUGCUCCGUACCCACCACCCCGGACCCCCCCCGCGCUGCAACCUUGAAGCUGCCUCCUUUUUUUUCUCCCUCUUUCGAGGGCAGACAAAUAACAUGCGCCUCCGAGGAAGCGAUGCUCUUUGACGACCCCCAACUAGAUAUUCAUACCAAGUCGCAAAAUGCUGCGUCAUUAAGGCCAUUCAUCAGACCGCUCGACGAUCAUUGA